AUGGAUGAUCUCAAACGCACCAACUCCAACGACACUUACUCGGCGUCACCCAGCGCUGCCCACCGCUCUCCUCGAGCUACAACGACCAGCAUUGGCAAACUCUCCCUACCAUACACAACCGAUCCACCCUCUCCAGCCAAUCCGCCGCAACAGAAAGUAUGGCUUGUCUUCGGCGCAACAGGACACAUGGGGCGCUCUGUGACAAAAGCUGCCCUGGCCCACAACGAUAUCGUUGCUGCUGUUGGCCAAUCCUUCCAAGAUGACAUGGCGAGCAUGAAGAAAUGGCAUGAUAUCCCCGACCGGUAUCUGGGCCUAUUAUGUGAUGUCCGUGUACGCUCUAGCGUUUCCUCGGUCAUGGAACAGACGAUGAAAAAAUUCGGCAGAGUGGACAUCAUCGCCAACUGUUCGGGAUAUGGCGUGAUUGGUGCCUGUGAAGACCAGGAUGAACAUGAAAUUCGAAACCAGUUCGAAACCAAUUUCAUGGGCACGCUGAACAUAAUCCAACUGUCUCUACCCUAUUUUCGAAGACGCCAGGACGGGAGAUAUCUGAUAUUCAGCUCGACGAGUGGCGCGCUCGGAGUCCCGGGCCUGGGACCAUACUGUGCGACAAAGUAUGCUGUAGAAGGUCUAAUUGAAAGCAUGCUAUACGAAGUCGACUCGUUCAACAUCAAACUCACCCUCGUUGAGCCGGGCCACAUGCGCCGUGACGACAACGACAUCUUCCCUCCUCCACAACCAAAUCAACCUAGCACGACCACGACGACCACAACGACAACCAACGGGCGAGUCCCACAGCAACAACAGCAGCCACCAUCACAACAACAACAAGAACAAAAUCAAAAGCAGAAUAAACUGGCCCUCUUCGGCCAUUUCAAAGUGGCCCGCCCCUCCUCGCCGUACGCCACGAAAGACGCCCCGGCCGCCCACGCCCAGAGGACUCUCCAAUGGAUGGGCACAAACCAACCAGUCUCGGUGGUCAAAGCCGCCGAACUGGUUUGGCAGCUGGGCCACUGCCGGUACCCACCCCUGAGACUCUUGCUGGGGAGUUUCGCCGUGGAGAGCAUUCGCGACCGCUUAAAAAGUAUCAUCGAAGAGAUCGAGGACUGGAAGCAUCUGAGUUUCCCGCCGCUGGAGGGGUUCGAGGAGAAGGAGGACGGGGAUGAGAAGGAGGAAGCGGAAGGGGAAGGAGACGGAGACGGAGAAGGGGAUGACGGAGACGGCGAUGGUGAUGGCGACGGUGACGAACAAGAUGAACAGGGGGAAGGAAAUGAAGAACACAUCGAAAGGCAUGGCGAGGACUAUCCCUCUGGAGCGGGUAGAAAGGCUUUCGAUCCGGAUGACCACCUGCGGGAUAAAGAGGCACAGGAUGGGGGAGAAGGAGGAGAAGGAGGAGGACAGGUACAUAUAAAGCUGGAGAGUAACAUGGACGUGGACGACUGA